AUGUCCAACGAGCAGUCGAGUAUAUCAAGAACCGGAGGCACGAUACUGGAAGAAAUCAACCAUGUCUCCAAUGCCGCAAAGGAAGCUGUUCUCAGCGGAGGAUGGUAUUAUCCCUUGUAUGGAGUCGUGUACUUCAUAUCGCACCCCUCGCUUUACCGGUCUGUGGCGCCAUUGAUGUUGAAAAGUGCAUUGGCAUCGCUGGGAAUCACCAUUGGGAUGUUUACAUUCACUUAUCUACCCCAAGUCGCGUUUUGUGCAUUGUUUUCGGGACCUUUAGCUUUCGUAGCGGCUUUUGCCCUCGUUCUGAGCGAGAGUUCUGCGAUCAUUCUAUUCGUGGCGAAAGCCUUUCUCCUGGGACCAGCGCAAGACAGAUUAUUCGAUGCGGUGAUGGUGCAGCAGGGUCACGCUGAUGUUGUCCAACGAGGACGCGAAGUCAAGAGUAGCAACGGCGUCAAGACUUUGGGGAAAAGCAUCACCAGGCCUUUGAGCCGCUUCAGCAAGGCAGGGAUCAUGCGAUACAUUAUUUCAUUGCCCUUGAACGCGCUACCAUUCGUUGGCACUGCGCUGUUUUUGCUGUACAAUGGCAAGAAAGCGGGUCCGGGUUUUCACGCUCGGUACUUUCAGCUAAAGGGAUGGACAGCGAGUCAGAAACAGCAGUUCAUUCAGAGGGAACAAAAUGCCUACACCGCGUUUGGGGCAGUCUCCCUCGCGUUAGGUCUCAUCCCGUUCGCAGGCCUUGCAUUCGGGUUUACGUCCACGCACGGUGUGUCAGGAACCCUGCCAGCUAGCAAUCGAUACGUAAUGGACAACAACAUGCCUAGUUGGUCCGAUGGUCAAUUAUAUUAUGGCGAUCCUAGUGGUUGGGAAAGCUCAAGGACUUCGAUGCGCUAUCAAAAGGAGGCUACGCAUGCGCCACCAAAUGACGGACCUGUCCCAGGACCCUCUGCUCAUAAUUACGGGGACGAAGCCCCAUAUAAUCAAACUCAACCGUUCGUUAGUCCAACCCCAAUCAAUUAUGCUGCUUCGACUUCUGUACAAACGUACAUGCCAAAUAGCAGCGGCUCCACCAUGAAUUUCUCGCCGCCAUUUAACGGAAAUUGCGACAUGUCGGACGAAGACCUGUUGCUGUCCGCUAUUGCAGGACAGCAGACCGGCUAUUGGUCGGAAAAUGAGCAACAGUCAUCAUCAUCGUCGUUCCCCCCAUCUUCGCUCCCUCCUUACAUUGAAUACCUGGGGUACCCAUCCCAAGACUAUUUCAUGGGAGCGGUGACAGAAGAAGAAACGAAUUCCAGUCCUCCUUACGACUCAGAAUCGCCGUCGCAUGAUCUUAUGCCCUUCUACGACACCAGCGGAUCCCAAGAACCGGACUACAUCUCGCCUGAAACUGCCGGUUCUGCAUAUAACUCGGCCUCGACCUCGAGGGCGGUUUCCCAACAGCAAGAAAUAUAUAGCACGGUCCCGCUGGUGCCCACUUCGACGAUAACUCGCUUCGAGCCUGUGGGCAGUGUACACGAUCGUCCGAAGAAACAAUGUUCCAAACUUCAUCAAUGUGAUAUCUGUCACAAGAGAUUUCCCCGUCCCAGCAGCUUGAAGGUCCAUAUGCAUGUCCACACGAAGUCCAAACGAUGUGGUAAACGAUUCACAGUCGCAUCGAACGCGAAGCGUCAUCUUAGAACGCAUGGUGUGCUGCCGACACCUUCUGAUGACCCUUCGCCCUACAACGUUGGCUUCACAGCACCUGUGGUCCUUUCACAUCCUCAUUCCAUGGACUCAGCCGCGGCCAGACCAUUGCAGCUAUAUUGGGUGAAUAAGGGAGAUGGCGAUCCUGAUGUCCCAAAGGGGGCUUGA